AGUGGCGUGUGGCUCCAGCGGGUGCCGCCUCAGCCCAGAGGACCUCCAUGGUGACCGCGUCGAUGUUGUCGUCCGCCAUGGACAGGCUUUAUGUGCCCGUGCACAGGCAGGACGAGGAGCUCCAGAAUUAUCCGACCCUCCUGAACCGCGAGGAUAAUCGCCUCGUUGAGAGAGUGGAUAGCUUCUUGGACAUUUCUUCGAACCGGUCCAUGCAGCUCGUCAACGACCCAAGGUUCAUGGCCACCAACAUCAUCGAUAAGCGGCUUGGCGCUUUUGACAAGAUGGGUGUCAUAUCUGGGCUGCUGACUGGCACUGCGCUUGAAGCUUGCUUCCGCCUGACCAAAGAUCUAAACUUCGGGAUCUGUGUGCCUGCUGAAGCUCACACGGUGGUCGAAAGCAUCGUCCAGCUGGUGUCCUUCGUGAUCAUGUCUUCUAUUUUAUUCAUGAGCCUCUACUCUACCUUGGUGAGUGUGUACCAGGCAUACUACACCUACCGCCUCAUGACGGCUGGGGCGAACGGGUUUGAGCUUGCCAGGACUUUUUAUUUGGACCCAGUCAUGGUCAAGAAGCGGCACCGGGCAGUGAAGCUGCUGGGUUGGGGCUUGCUGUUGCUCAUGAUUUCGUCGGGAGGAAUGCUUUACACGAAAUUCUCGAAGGAGGGAGACUUCUUGGACUCGGCAGCCGACUCCUCUGGUCCGUCCGCGGGCCUGAUCGACUGCAUGAAGGUACAUUGGAUAUUCCAAAUCGUUAAUCCUCUUGGCCUGGUCACGUUCGUUGGUUUCGCAUGGGGCUCAGUGUUCCUGUACUACAAAGUUGUUCACCGUCACAAAAUUCUCUUCGACAGGCUUUACGCCAAAGUAUAUAUCGACGAGAUGCCGCAGCACGGCCCUUCAGGGCACGAGGGCAGCAGCUUCUGGAACAGCCGCAACGAUUGGAGCUCCCACAUGGAUCGCGUGGGUAGGACCAAGCCGAGGGAAUCUGGUACAGAUGGCCGAGUCCCCUCUGGGCGCAAGGAGCAGCAGUGCGCCUUUAUGUGAGCAGGUGAGUACCCGAUGUUCUCUUGCAGCAGCUGUGGCCGCACGACCGUGCCUGCCUCAUGCGAGUAGCUAGCUAAGCGCGCACGCAGGCGCAGCAAGUCGCCCGAGCAAGUCGCCCGUUGCUCGCUUGCGCGCGUGUGUGUAUAUGUGUGUGUGUGUGUGUGGGUGCACGUCCAGGGGGGCGACGCCAAGGCGGGGCUCGCCAACGGGAUGUGCGAGGCGGCACCGCCUCGAGGAGUGGCACAUCCCCGAGUCCUUCUUGCCUGCUCGCAGUCCCCCCUCGGUCGCGGAUCCGUGCCAAGGCUGGCCUGGACGGCACGCUGCGCUUGCGACCCUGCCUUCGGCGUCACCCCGACAUGCUAGAAUCAUAUGUGCUUCGCCCCCCCCACCCCCAGGGGCGACGCGCGCACCGAGAAGUCUUAUAGCGUGUGCGUCGUGGCUGGCGCUUCCUGGCCACGCCGCUCGGGAAUCGAUAUGCUACAAGAUGGGUAUACUAUAUCUUCGGGUCGGACGCGCGCCUCCAAGGAGGACAUAUGGUAUUAGUAUGUCUCUAUGCGUCCCAUGCCUCGGCUCGGCCGCCAGCUCUGUCGGCGCACCCCGCCAGUCGCAGGCGCCUUUUUUGUCGGGCGCGCGCCUCGCGCAAAGACCCGAGGCAGUGCCCGCAUGGCUGCAGCCGUCCAUACGAGGCGCGCGCGUGUGAAAAGCGGGUGCUCGCGACGUGGCUCUCGUCAGAGGCGGAGAGCUAGCCGAAGGAAGGGUGCCAAGAGCGGUUCAAUUGGAGGAAGUCGCUGGUGUGGACCCGUCCUCGCG